AUGGCCGCGCUGCGUAGGACCCUGACCUCCCUGGCUCACGGCGCCAAGACCACCGCGGGAUUCGGCACGUCUGCACCCGGGAAACAGUCCCAAUCCACGGCUACGAAAGCGGCGAAAGCCGUGGCAGCGCUGGGGACAUGUGUCACUGCUGCUGGAUACUGUUAUUACUACUACAACCGCAGACCGGAGGGGGGCAGACCGGUCCUCGCUCACACCGACUCUGGGCUCCUUCCUUCGGUUGCAGCCGUUGAUCAGCCUGGCAGUCCCCGUCUGGUGGUUGGUGAGGUCUACAAGUCGUCCUAUGAAAACCGGUUCAGACUCUUCAGCUCCAUUGAACACGACGGACAGCUCUUUAUGACUCCUCUCAACUUCAUCGAAUCCGUCACUCUCAACCAACCCAAAAGUCGAAAAGGAUGGAGGUCCCUCACUAAAAAGGAAUUAGACAAGAUUCUGUCCGAUACUCCUCCUAUUUGGAAAGGAUCAUCCAACCUGUUCCGAAAUCUCAGGGAACGAGGUGUCAUCAGCUACACAGAAUACCUCUUUCUCAUCUGCAUUUUAACAAAGCCUCACGCUGGAUUCAAAAUUGCCUUCAACAUGUUUGAUGCAGAUGGAAAUGAAAUGGUUGAUAAAAGGGAAUUCUUAGUGCUUGAAGAAAUUUUCCGCAAGAAAAAGGAGAAAAAGGAAGUAAUAGAGGGCGGUGGAAAGGUUGAUGAGCAGACUCUACAGCUUUAUGGCCAUCGCAAACCUCUCCAGCCCGCCUCUGUGGACGACAAAGCAGAGACCACACUCCUGGUCCAUUUCUUUGGUAAAAAGGGCAAAGCAGAGCUGAAAUUUGAAGACUUUUACAAAUUCAUGGAUGACCUCCAGACAGAAAUGCUGGAAGUGGAGUUUCUAUCGUUUUCAAAGGGAAUGCCGACCAUCAGUGAGGAGGACUUCGCUCGGAUCCUGCUGCGCUACACCAACGUGGACGACGUCAGCGCAUAUCUGGACAAUGUCCGCAGCAACAUGCCGGAUGAAAAGGGAAUAUCCUUUGAAGAAUUUAGAUCCUUCUUCCAGUUUCUGAACAACCUGGAGGAUUUCACCAUUGCGAUGCAGAUGUACAACUUUGCCAAUCGCUCAAUUGGUCAAGAGGAGUUUACACGAGCGGUUUACGUUGCCACCGGUAUCACUUUGACCCAUCAUCUGGUCAACACCGUUUUUAAAAUCUUUGAUGAGGAUCAUGACGGAAAACUCAGCUACAAAGAGUUCCUCGGAGUCAUGAAGGACCGACUGCAGCGUGGAGAAGGGCGCUUCAGAGCUGAAGAGAAGUUUGUGUCGUUCAAGACCUGCUUGAAGAAGGAGCUGUCUCACAAAUAG